AUGGAACACCUUUUCCAAGCCUUUCGCCGAGUUCAAAAAGGACUCGACGAUGCCGAUGAUCUUCUGGAGUUAUUCCAAAGGCACGAGAACUUGAAAGACCCUUCCACAGUCAGUGUCGACGAUCGGAUUCGACUUCUCGAUCUACCUCCUCGGUCGGUUCAAGAUGAAGCAAUUGCAUCAGUUACUACUCUUACAAAGAAGGAACUGCUUAAACGCGGUGCCGAAUUUCCCGCGGCGCUGAGCGAAAAUGAAAUGAACAUUCUCAUGGCCCGAUACUGGCUUGACGGUAUGAGAUGUCACAUCAACGAUGCCUUGAUGAAUGCCCUUGAUUUGUUGGAAGACAUCAAAGAAGACUACUCAACCGAGGUCUGUGACCGUCUUGAUCUCUUUCGAGAACCUCUUUAUGAAGAGAACGAAUGCAAAGCCAUCGAGAAUGCAGAGGCCGAGAGAAUCCGUAGAAGGAAGGCAGAGACAGAGCAAGACUUGCAGCAAGAUCUGGCCAGAGUGUUUGCAAAGGGAAAGCCUUGGCUUCAGCGACUUUGGCAAGAGGAUGGUUCGAAAACAUGGGGAUACGCGAUUUUCGAGAGCCCGCAGUUUGUCGCUGAUCCCAAAUAUGAUGUUUAUGAGGGAGAGCAAAAAAGGGCAGUGGAAAAAUCCCUGAGACGCAUCGGUUCGGGUAUUGAGAUCUAUCGCCAUUACAAGAUGGAGAAGCAAUCCUGGCCAUCUCAGAUGAGUAGUGCUUAUCGAUUUCCUGAUAUUGUCGAUAAGUUGCGCCAGGAAUUCAGAAACCGACGAAACCGAGGCAACCUUUCCGAUGGACUUCUUCCGAACGUUUUCUUGUACCUGGAUCAUGAAUCUGCGACCUCACUUUUUAUUUCUCAUGGUCAUGUCGACGGUAUGUGGAUCUGGGCAGUCGAUCCGGACUACGAUCCUGAGAAUGAUACCACGGACGAUUAUCAAGGAUACUUGCCUGUUUGCCUCAAGCAACUCGUGGAUAACUUCUACGUUGCCCGCCGCUGGCAAAGUGACCUUUCGAUGAAAGAACUUUGGGAUGCGGCACAAAGAGAGUCGAACAAAGCAUUUGCAUCUGUCGAGCCAGAAAUGCCAGAUAAAUUUCCCCUUAGGACGGAAAGCCACAAUAUUGCGCCGGAAAGUUUACGAGUUUUUCAUCCGAUAAGGAAUAAUUGA